AUGGCAAAACAUAAUCAAGCAUGGCACUCAGAAGACACCACAGUUGGAAUUGCAUAUGGUUCUCCUUCCUUGACCACUAUGAUCAAGGAAAAUCAAGAGAGAGAUCAAGUGAUUACAGGGCUUGCCACAAAUUUCAAUGUGUUGACAAAGAUGUUCACUGAAAACCAAAUGAAGAAGAUAAAUGUGGAGGAGGAUGUGCAACCCAUAUCAAAUGAAGACUUUGAGGAGGCAAACUAUGUCAACAACUCUCAAGGAGAAAAGUCUGACACUUCUAUGAGGAACAUGACUGAGAUUGUUGGCUAUCAUACCGCAUCCAUUCAAAAAUUGGAGAUACAAAUGAGAGACCUCUCUAGCGAACAAAAUCCGAAGCAAAAAGGGAGACUUCCAAGUGACACAAUUGCGAACCCAAAGGGUAGUGGGAGUGGUCCAACUUCUCAUAUCAUGGAAAUUACUACUCGGAGUGGGAAGGUACUACAAGGAGGGAGUGAACAAGUGGUUGAAGUUGAAGAGUCCGAACAAGAGGUUGAGGUUGAAGAGCCAAGUGUUGUUGAAGUUGAAAAGGUUCCGGAAGAAUUGAAAGUGCAAGAAGAAAAUCGGGAAGAGGUAAAGGAAAAGGUAAAAGAGACACCAAAAACUCUACCCCCUAUUCCUAGACCUCGCCCUCCAUUCCCUCAAAGACUUGCUAGGAAGGUUGAUGAUAGUAAACUCGAAAAUUGUAUCAUUGCAACAUCCACCGUUCAAAAGAAAGAAGACCUGGGAGAUUUCACUAUUACAUGUACUAUUGGGGCAGAUGAUUUUGCAAGAGCCCUUUGCGAUAAUGGGGAUAACAUCAACUUAAUGCCUCUUUCCAUUUACAAGCAAGCAUGGUUAGUUAUGCCAAGGCCAACAAGUAUGAGAUUGCAAAUGGACGAUCGUUCCAUAAAGAGACCGGUGGGAAUUGUCGAUGACGUGCUUGUUAAAGUAGGAAAGUUUCAUUUACCCGCCGAUUUCGUAAUCCUUGAUUGUGCGGUCGACAAAGAGAUCCCUAUCAUUUUAGGGAGACCAUUCCUAGCCAUAGGAAGAGCACUAAUGGAUUUGGAACGGAAUGAGAUCAAAUUCCGUGUGAAUGAUAAACAGGUCACAUUCCAAGCAAGCAAGGGUAUGAAACUACCACAUGAAUAUGAAAGCAUCUCGGUGUUUGAUGUUGUUGAUGUAGUGGAAGAUACGGUUGAAAUGAAGAUGGAAGAAUAA